AUGAUCCCAACUACUGAUAAGGUAGCAUUGAUUAGAGAGUGUAUUCUUGCCGCUCAGAGCCGGCGAAAGAGCUACACGGAUCAGAGACGACAACCUUUGGAGUUUCAGGUUGUAGACUUUGUUAUGUUGAGUGUAUCGCUAAUGAAGGGCGUUCAACGAUUUAGUAGACGGGGAAAGCUUACCCCGCGAUAUAUUGAUCCGUUCAAGAUAGUUGAACGUAUUGGAUCCGUUUCGUAUCUGCUAGAUCUUCCAACAUCGAUGUCAAGUGUACAUGAUGUUAUAUAUAUUUUGAUGCUUGAGAAGUAUUUACACGAUGAGGAGCAGCAACGGGUAUUAGGUGCCCCAGACAUUAAGCUUAAUGAUGACUUGUGUGUGAUAGAGAUUCCUAUUUGUAUUCUUGCCAAUGAGGAUAAGAAGCUUAAAAACAAAGUUAUACAUUUGAUUAAGGUUCAGUGGAACUGGAAAGGAGCUGAAAACGCUUCUUGGGAGCGCGAUGAGGAUAUGUUUCGUGACUACCCGCACCUGUUUGAGUAG